AUGGGUCUCUUCAGUGUCGCCGGUUCUCUGGCUGUUGCUUUUGCCUUUGGCUGGAAGCUGGCUUUGAUUGCCAUGUUCAUUACAAUGCCCAUCGGCUUGUUCUCGGCCUACUGGAGCUUCAGGUACGACCUCGAGUUUGAAAGGUUGAACGCCGCCGUCUUUGCAGACAGCUCUAAGUUCGCUGCCGAGUCUAUCGGGGCUUUCAGAACAGUUUCUGCCCUGAACUUGGAAGGUACCAUCAACAAGCGCUACGAGUCGCUUUUGAACAACCUUGUCAGUGGCGCCUUCAGGAAGGCGAAAUGGUCAUCCUUGAUUGUCGCUUUCGCCGCGAGUUCUAGCAUUGGCUGCCAGGGCUUAAUCUUCUGGUACGGUGGGAGGCUUCUCGCUAGCAGAGAGUACACCUUGCUGUCAUUUUUCGUCUGCUUCAUGGCCGUCAUCCAAGGCGCCGAGGCCGCAGGACAAGCCAUGAGCUUCGGUCCAAACGUAGCGCAAGCCAGCGGAGCGUCCAGCCGCAUCCUUGGCAUAAGAGACUCGAUGAACCGAGCUAGCGAAUCGAAGCCAGGGUCUAUUCCGGAUACCGAAGGCGGAGUCAAGAUCGAGCUACGCGAUGCCUACUUCCAGUAUCCCACCCGCAACGUCUCGGUUUUUCAAGGCAUCAACCUCACCAUCGAAAAGGGCCAGUUCGCUGCUUUGGUCGGUGCCUCGGGCUGCGGCAAGACAUCUAUCAUUUCCCUCAUUGAACGUUUCUACGACCUGCAAAAAGGUGCCAUUUUCUGUAACGACAAGAACAUCUACGAGCUUGAUCUAUACGAAUAUCGCAAGAGUCUGUCUCUCGUAGCGCAAGAACCGACUAUUUUCCAAGGUACUAUCCGCGAGAACAUCCUGCUGGGCGUUGACGACAGCACUCCCGACGAGCGUAUCUACAAAGUCUGCCGCGAUGCCUACAUCCACGACUUCAUCACUUCCUUACCCGAUGGCUACAAUACUUUUGUGGGCUCCAAGGGCGUCUCACUCUCGGGCGGCCAGAAGCAGCGCAUUGCAAUUGCGCGUGCCCUGAUUCGUGACCCCAAGGUUCUCUUACUCGAUGAGGCGACCAGCUCGCUGGACUCGGAGUCGGAGAAGCUCGUGCAGGCCGCGUUCGAACGAGCGGGCCAGGGGCGUACCAUGGUUGUCGUGGCUCACCGCCUAGCGACAGUGCAAAAUGCUGAUGUCAUCUUCGUGAUGGGUGAAGGUAAGGUUUUAGAAAAGGGAGCGCACGCCGAGUUGUUGAAGAAUAGGGGUGUUUACUGGCACAUGUGUCAAAGCCAGGCCCUCGAUCGAUAG